CGCAAGGCAAAUAUAUAAUUAAAUACUAAUUACAUUUUCUUAGGAAGGACGUAUUGUGUGUCUGGAAUAGUCUCAUAUUUUUAUUUUUUAUUUCUUUUUCUUAAGUAGUUGCCUGACAUUUAACUGACAGUGACACAUCACAACUUCAUAACAUAACCUUACUUUAUAUUGUAACUUACCUUGAUCAAAACAACAAUAAAGCGAUACUAUCUCAUUCAAACAAGGUGACCUUACUUUAACUGAAUGCGUUCUGUUAUUUAAAAUUUGGACAUGGAAGUCAUAUAUCUGGGAUUAGCUAUACCAGCAGCCGUGGCCAUAUUCAUCGUUUCAAGAACUCUUUACUUGAUUAUUCAGAUACUCUCUUCGAGUUGUCACUUAGAAAAACAUGCAUCUUUACGUACUAUUUUGUGCAUUGGAUCUGGCGGACAUACAACAGAAAUGCUUCGGCUCUCAAAAAAGCUAGAUUUACAAAAAUAUCAAGAUCGCUUGUACAUAGUUGCCGACAAUGACACCAGUAGCGAAAUAAGAGUACAUAAAUCAAUUGAAAAAGGCACAAACUACACUAUUAGUAAAAUACCUAGAAGUCGGAAUGUCCGGCAGUCAUACAUUACGUCUGUCUUCAGUACUUUGUAUGCUACUUUACACACAGUUCCAAUUGUGUAUACAUUCAAACCAGAUGUUAUUUUUUGUAAUGGCCCUGGCACAUGUAUACCUAUUUGUAUAGUUGCUUUCGUGUUACGCUGUAUGUUUUUAUUGGACUGUAGGAUAGUGUUUGUAGAAAGCAUUUGUAGAGUAAGAACUUUGUCGUUGUCAGGCAAGAUUUUACAAUAUUUUGCAGAUGUAAUGGUUGUUCAAUGGCCUUCGUUACGAGAUGUGUGUCCCAGAGCUAAAUAUUUUGGAAGGCUGACAUGAAUAAUAUGCUGAAUCUCUUUAACACAUUCAGUGCUACGCACUACGAGCAUAGCCAAAAGCAUGCAAAAUCUCAUAUAUAAAAAACAGCGAUUACAAACAGAACCCAACUAUCGGGUCACUGGCACUGAAUGUGUUAAUGGCUCAGUUCCAUUGAUCAAAGCGUGCAAGGACUCGCCCGCAGGCAGUAUAAUGACACUCGAUGGUUUGGUUGAUAUACAGCAUGCAUGGGUGACUCCCCACAAGUGGUAUAACAUCUAGUGACACUCAUAAUGGCCUGCAUUUUGGAUAUCUCCCGCACCUCGCAUACAGGCCCUAUCAACUAAUGCGGGUUAUUCCCACUAGUUACCACCAAGUUGUUACUAGGGAAUAACGCACUAAUGCAAACACCAACAACUGAGCCCAAUUAGUAUGUAGUUGUGCAAUUAUUCAAUUGAACGAACUGUCUAAUAAAGUUUAUAUUUAAGCA